AUGGAGAUCGAACCGGCGGUGUUAGCCACACAUGAUGGAGUCGGGAACGCACCUGAUUCUUCAUCGGAUUAUUCUGCUUCGAAUGUUCCUAUUAAUAGCAAUAAUAUCUCGAGCAACAGGUGCGAUGAUGACAAUGACGAAGAGGAAGAUGUUUGUCGGAUCUGUCGGAACUCAAGAGACGUCGGCAAUCCUCUCAGAUAUCUUUGUGCUUGUAUCGGGAGUAUUAAGUUUGUUCACCAAGACUUCCUUCUCCAAUGGCUCAAUCACAACAACACUCGAUAG